UAGUAUCCCUAAACGACACCGCUGCAAACUAGGGUUUUUUGUGUUUCGUUUUUAGCUGAACUUCCUUCCUCUCUUUCGCCUCCCUUCUCUUUCGUAGCUUCUGCUUUCCUGCACGUGCAACCAGGUAAGGACUAACUCUAGAGAGUGUGAAAAUGGUUGAGAAAACGAGGGGAAGAAAGGAAGAAGUGGUGACCAGAGAGUACACCAUCAACCUUCACAAGCGCCUUCAUGGCUGCACAUUCAAGAAGAAAGCACCCAAGGCUAUAAAGGAGAUCAGGAAAUUUGCAGAAAAGGCCAUGGGGACCAAGGAUGUGAGAGUUGAUGUCAAGCUGAACAAGCACAUCUGGAGCAGAGGGAUCCGAAGUGUUCCAAGAAGAAUCAGGGUCCGAAUCGCUCGCAAGAGAAAUGACGAUGAAGAUGCAAAAGAGGAGCUCUACUCUCUAGUAACUGUUGCUGAAAUCCCUGCUGAAGGAUCGAAGGGUCUAGGCACCAAAGUCAUCGAUGAUGAUGAUGAGUAAUUUAUCAAAAUCUCUUGUUUACUAAACUUGCAUUUUGUGCAAUAAGUGUUUGAGCUAGACUUACGAUUGUGAGUUUGUGAUAUUAAUUUUCGUUGGAUUUUUUUUUGUUUA